AUGAAUUAUUCUCCUAGCAAAGGCAAUGAGCGCGAGUGUCGCGAGAUUCGCACUGCGAUAUAUGCUCGCAAAAUCAUGAACAAUGAUAUCUCUGACCUUGACGAUGACUCUGGCUGCCUCCGUUGGCUUAUCUGGUGGCCGGUCAGGCCCUAUGAGAAUAUUUUACGAGAGCUGGCUAGCAAGUGUCCGUCCAUGAGACACUAA